GUUUUUUUGUAUUUAUUAUUAUUUGAAAACUUUUUGAUUACAUUUCAAUUCAAAAACAAUUUUUGUCUUAUUUUCAAAUUAAGUGUUUGUUUUACCGUUUGUGACCACUGGUUACACUACCCGAUCAAUGUCUCUACAAUAGAUUGUAUAUAUUUGUGGUAAUAAUUAUUAAACACCCGAAACCCGGUGACUAACGAUGACCAGCGGCGGCGGAUCUGCUGAUAAUAAAACAGUGAUAACAAGUAUCACCACAAGUGGUCAUCUAUUGAACACACCGUCGGUUAAAUGGUCUGAAAGCAAUUCAAUUGCUGUCAUAAUAGACAAGUAUCUGUUGGUGUUGACCUCACGGUGCGAUCCGACCGAAUGGACUACAGGUUUUCCAUAUCACAAGACAGUUGUGCCGAACCCGAAACAGAUCAUGACUUUUGAUUGCGGAAUGACUGUCAAAGAAGUGCUAUCGACGGCCACUCUCGAUGAACAACAAAUCUUAAUGAUGGACCCGUCACUGGCCGGUGAAACAGGCAAUUCAUUGACAUAUUUAAGCUAUCGUUGCAUCGAUUGGUCGCCCAAUUGGGGAGAAUUGGGUUGUCUAUUGGGAGCCCUUACUGUUGAUCAUCGACUAGUCAUAUAUCGGUGGACUAGAGAUGAAUGGGAACAAUCUAUUGACGUGUCUGAGCUAUUAAAUAGUAAACUGCAGUCAGACUUUUGGUUUGCCGAUAUCGGUGCCGCAGUUAACUAUAAUACAUACCGCGAUCGUAUGUAUAGUUUGGCUACUGUUUGCUUUUGUUGGGCCCGUAGUUGGGUCGAGACUGAUGACAAACUUGGCUACAGUUGUAUGUUAUUCAUGGGCUCGAAGAACGGUUUAAUCACUUUCUGGGACAUCACUGUAUAUAACGAUUGCCAAUCAAUUCGGACACAAUUUCUCUACAAAUGGACCACAAAUUAUAACGAUAUUAAAUGUCUCAAGAGUUUUGACGACUUUUUAAUUAUAUCGGUCGCAAACGGUAUCAUUGCUGUCAUCUAUACGGGCAGUUCGUCCGAUUCGGAGCCCAAUCCACUGCUAUUGUGGUCCGAAGCGGAUGAAAUUGCGGUCAAUACUUUUAGUAUAAAAUUAGUGGACACAGAAACCAAUACCUAUGAUAUUGUGUUCGCAAAAUCAGAUUUUGUGGUCAUAUGUCGUAUGAAUGCUAACAUCGACGGCGAAAACAUUGCUAUGAAUCUCAAGUGUUGCAAAUGGGAACCGGGUUUACACCGAAUGCCGGCCACUAGUAUUAGCUCUAUAGUUGAUAAUAAAUAUUUGUUGACAUCACUGGAUGGUCGACUCAUUGAAAUAGAAAUUACACACGAUUUAACUAUUAGACAAAAAGAGGUUACACUCGACAACAUUAGCUUUACAUCCAUGUGCUCAUAUGGUAUUGAUUCAUCGCCCAAUGGUGUCCUAUCGUGUUUAGUUCAAACACUCAGUCCACUUCAUGAUCAUCUGGUAAUCAAAGAGCCGACACAAGUGAUUAUAUUUGCAAACUUAUCAUUUGAAGGCCUGACAAACCUGUUAUACGAAAACUUUUUAUCAUCAAAAGUGAUCCAAUUAGUUAAAAGCCAACAGUUUAGUGAUUGUUUUGACUACAUGGACUGUGUCCGCUAUUUUCUGGCCACCAAUAAUUUCGGCAAUUGUGAAACUACUUUAUACCAAUUGAUUUGCGAUCAGUCGCUAAUCGACAACUGUCCGGACUUAACAACCUUACGAAUCAUACGUUUUAUUACAAAAGUAUUUAUUACUCACUUCAAGAAUAAGACAUCCGAUGAUUGUGUCAAACUUGAAGCCAACGCACAGUUAUGUGAAGACAUGAUUUUAAAGCAUUUCAUACAUAAACUCUACAGCGAAGUUGUCUGCGCUUUGGAAGUAUUAACCGAAAGUCAGUUACGGUCGUUGAAGAACAUGAAUCACUGGCUGUCCGUACGAUUUGGUGAAAAACUGUUUGCCGACAAUUGUUUCGAUUUUAGUGCCGUAGAAGACAUUUGUCUGAUUUGUGGCCAACGAAUUGAGUUCGACAAUCGCACGACUGGCGCGUGUCGACAGUCCCAUCGGUUCAUUAGAUGCGCCAAUUCAUUGGUUUUAUGCGAUUUUGUUAACUAUCGAUAUAAUAAAUGCUGUAUUUGUUUGAAAUCGUUUGUAAUUAAACCGGCCGUUUGGAGUAAAUCAGCGAUUUGUUUGUAUUGUCAGUAAAAUUAUGUUUUCUAUAA